UUGGUUGGUUUGGUGUUUUGUUCUUCGGUUGAGCCCAAGUGCCACCGAGUCCUUGCUUGGUUAGACUGUUAGGUGGUACUCUUUGGUCCGGGCUCUGACCCCUCCCUCCAUUCCCCGUUAGCUUCCCAACUACUUCCCCCUCCCAUAAGAAAUUAAGGGCAGAGUUUCAUGGUCGCAAAAUUGAAUAAUUAGUUACCAAACACAAAACAGAAUGGGCCAUCUAUCUACCGAGUGAAGGAAGGUGCCAGAUUAAGUAAGAAAAGCGUGAAAUUUUCUAAUAUAUUUAAAGUUGAAGGGCCUAAUUGCGAAUUAUAUUUUCGUCUUGUUCGCGUCGAAAGAUGGAGACUUUUGAAAUUUUGUAAGAGAAUAAAAGUAACGGCAACGGCAGUGUCGGUUCUCACUCGAUCCUCGCUUAGCGAUGCUGUGCUUCUGCCCCUGUUUCGACGACGACCACCACCACCGGAGUUCCGACGACGACCUGGACCUGGAGCCGGUCCUGCUCAUUUCCGGAAUCGGAGGUUCCAUUCUAACUUCUAAACGGAAAAAACUGGGCUUCGACACUCGGGUCUGGGUACGGAUCCUAUUGGCUGACUUAGAAUUCAGGAAGAAACUCUGGUCUCUCUAUAAUCCCAAAACAGGUUAUACAGAAACUUUAGACAAAGACAAUGAAAUUGUUGUCCCAGAUGAUGAUUAUGGCCUCUAUGCAAUUGAUAUUCUAGACCCGUCCCCGUUUGUGAAAUGCAUACAUUUGAAAGAGGUAUACUAUUUUCAUGAUAUGAUAAAUAUGCUUGUGGGUUGUGGCUAUAAGAAGGGAACCACAUUGUUUGGAUAUGGCUAUGAUUUCCGACAAAGCAACAGAAUUGAAAAGUUAAUGGAAGAUCUUAAAGUGAAAUUGGAAACUGCUUACAAGGCUUCUGGGGGUAGAAAAGUAAAUAUAAUUUCGCAUUCAAUGGGUGGACUGCUAGUCAUGUGUUUUAUGUCACUUCAUCGUGAGGCCUUUUCAAAGUAUGUGAGUAAAUGGAUUUGCAUCGGUUGCCCUUUUCAAGGUGCACCAGGAUGCAUCAAUGAUUCUCUUUUAACUGGACUGCAGUUUGUUGAAGGCUUGGAAAGCUUUUUUUUUGUAUCAAGGUGGACUAUGCACCAGCUGUUGGUUGAGUGUCCAUCAAUCUACGAGAUGUUGGCCAAUCCAGAUUUUAAUUGGAAAAGGCAGCCGGAAAUUCAGGUUUGGAGGAAGCAUUCUAAGGAUGGGGAAACUUCUAUUGAACUGGAAUCUUAUGGUCCUGUUGAAAGUAUUACUUUGUUUAGAGAAGCAUUGAGACAUAAUGAGCUAACUUAUGAUGGUAAAACUGUAGCUUUGCCAUUUAACUUUGCUAUUUCCAGAUGGGCUGCCGAGACUCGCCAAGUUCUCAACAAUGCCAAACUACCAGAUGGAGUCUGCUUCUAUAACAUUUAUGGAAUAUCCUUUGACACACCUUUUGAUGUUUGUUAUGGCUCGAAGGCAUCUCCAAUUGAAGACUUGUCUGAAAUAUGCCAUUCAAUGCCUCAGUAUUCUUAUGUGGAUGGAGAUGAAACAGUUUCUGCUGAAUCAGCAAAGGCAGAUGGAUUUGCUGCAGUUGAAAGAGUAGCAAUAGCUGCAAGACACCGGGAACUAUUAAGUGACAAAACGGUUUUUCAACAUAUCAAGAAGUGGUUGGGAGUUGAGCAGAAGGUCAACAUACAUUCCAAGACAUCCAGAGUUUCAGAUAAGCCUGUGAGGGAAUGAAAUAUUGGUUCGCAGUGUAGUACAGGACUACAGGACCAUAUUGUCAUAACGUGAUACAAAUUCUUUGUUCCGUAAUCCCGAUAUUUAUUCUAUGAUUUUUAAAUUGAAAAAUGGUUUAAAAUCAA